AUGACAAGUAUCACAGCCAAGCUUGGUCCAGAUGGAGUUGUCAUUGUCAAGUCUGGCAACCACAUUGUCAUUGCCUAUCACAGCAACAAGGUUAAUUCUCAAAAUGCUCUCAUUGCCACUGAAGCAUGUGCCAGAUCAUUUUAA